GCGCUCCAUCCCGCGGCCACGGCCAUGGCCACGGCGCUCGCCAUCCUGGCGGGGCUGCUGCUCCCCUGCGGGGGCUCCCUGCCGCCGCUCCGGAGGCAGAGCCUCCUGAAGAGGAAUGGAGCUCGGUGCUCCCACCACUUGGAGUGCUCCAGCGACUGCUGCCUCAUGAACUUGGACACUGAAGGCGACUUCUGUGCCCCCAGGGGCAGGAAAAGCAUGGUGUGCUUGCCCCAGACCAAGAGGGACAUCAACAUCAUAUGCCCCUGCCGAGGGGCCUUGCGUUGCAUUCCCAAGGACCCGAGCUGUCCCCGACGGUGCUCUAUGAUUUAGGGCGAUGCGGGGACACGGCCGUCCUCCUCCCUCCCUCGGCCAGCGGCCUCGGAGACCCCAUCUUGUUCCCGGUCCAGCUCAGACACAUUAAAGUCACUCUCCGGCCCUGG